AUGCCAGAACAAACUGUUCUGAUCACCGGCUGCAGCCAUGGCGGACUCGGGGCGGCAAUGGCGAAGGCAUACCACGCUCGAGGCUUCAGAGUUUUCGCGACACUACGGAACACGAAGAAGGUCGGAUCCCUAGGCGACAUCAAGGGCAUAGAGAUCCUCGAGCUCGAAGUCACAUCCGAGGAGUCUAUAGGUCAAUGUGCGAAGACCGUAGAGAAGCUCACUGGAGGAUCGCUAGAUAUCUUGGUUAACAACGCCGGGACUUCUGACUCCAUGCCGCUCCUGGAUACAUCAAUUGAGGACGCGAAGAAGAUGUACGACAUUAACGUCUGGGCGGUACUCGCAAUGUCACAGGCGUUCGCGCCGAUGCUCAUCAAGGCUCAAGGGACUGUGUGUAAUAUCAGUUCAGUGGCCUGCGAAUUAGUCUUUGCCUGGGGGGUAUGCCAUGACUUAUCCAGAGCUGCAACGACACUGCUUUCCGAGACGCUGCGCCUCGAAAUGGCCCCCCUUGGCGUGCGGGUCGUCACAGUCAUACUCGGGGCCGUCGAGACAACCGGAAACGACCCUGCCAAUAGAAGGGAACUCGAACUGCCCGCGAAUUCGUACUACGAAAAGAUAGCAGCCGUCAUUAAUUACCAUAAGAAGGGACUGGCGUACACCGACAAAGAGAACGUCGAUGUGGCAGCGAAGAACAUCAUCAAUGAUGUUCUCAGCGGUGGCAGUAUUUUCAUUCGCCGCGGGGUGGCUUCCACUGUUAGCUGGUUAGGCAACACGUUCUUGCCUUACAGGCUCUUUACUUUCCUGGUAAACAGAGACAGGGGACUUGCCGAACUCGCCAGUAAAUAG